AUGCAACAUAUUCCUCCAAAUUUCAGGGGGCCGCUCUGGGAGUCCAACCAUCCGUGUGUACCCAUCAUCAGAAGCAGGCCAGCUUUGACCACUCUCCCCCUCUUUAACUUCCUGUUAUGGAUCCUUCUCGGAGUCUUGACGUUCCCAUGUUGUGUCCGCUGUUUGAUAUUCAAAGUGGGGGUCCUGGGGCCCUGGAACUGCGAUCCUGUUUACUACAGGGCUCUGCCGGCUGCAGCAGCCAGGCUCGCUGUUAACAGGAUAAACGGAGAUCUAAAUCUAGAUCUGGGCCUGAAAGUGGACUACAUCGUCCUCCAGGAGCCCUGCGAGACCUCACAAGCCCUGACUGCGUUUAUUCAGUAUGAGAAGAUGGCUGAUGCGUUUGUGGGGCCCACCAAUCCGGGUUACUGCGUGGCAGCGUCUCUGCUCGCCAAGAACUGGGAGAAAGCCAUCUUCUCGUACGGCUGCGUAAAUUACGAGCUGGACCGCGUCAUUGGAUACCCGACCUUCUCCAGGACGGUGCCGUUUCCCUCUGAGGUGUUGUUCACUGUGCUCAAACACUUCAGGUGGGCCAGCGUGGUAGUGGUCUCAUCAGAUGAGGACAUUUGGAUAGAUACAGCAGGGAGGGUGGCCUCUGCUAUGAGGAAUAAGGGCCUUCCUGUUGGCAUGGUUGCAUCCAUCGGAACAAAUGAGACUGAACUGGAGAGCACGCUGAGGAGGAUCCAGGCUGCAGGAGAGAUCAGAGUCAUCAUCAUGUGCAUGCACUCCAUCCUGGUUGGAGGGCAGCAGCAAGCUUCUUUUCUGCUCAAAGCUCAGGAAAUGGGCCUGACCUCAGGGAAAUAUGUGUUUGUGCCCUACGACUGCCUCCAGUACAGCCUGCCCUACAACAACGUCACCUUCUUCCCUCUGCUAAACAACAGCAGGCUGAGGGAGGCCUACGAUGCUGUGCUCACCAUCACCGUGGCCUCUGAUCCUUUGUCCUUCAAUGAGGCAUUCACCGCCGCCAAGAGGAGUGAGGAACUGUCGGUAUCUGUGCAGCCUGAGCAGGUUAACCCACUCUUUGGUACCAUCUAUAACAGCAUCUACCUGCUGGCCAAGUCCAUCAACAAUGCUAGGAAAGCAGGCAUGUGGCUGUCCGGCUCAAACCUGGCCUACUUCACAAAGAACAUCACCUUCAAUGGCUUCAACCAGAAGAUUCAGGUGGACAAUGCUGGGGAACUUAAGACUAGCUAUGUCAUCCUAGACUCUGACAACACAGGGGGCCAGCUGUAUCAGACCUAUCUGGUGGACCUGUCAACUGGAGUGCUUCGUUUUGCUGGGAGGUCUAUUAAUUUCCCAGGAGGAUCUCCACCACCGUCUGAUUCCAGCUGCUGGUUUGACAAGACUGCAGUCUGCACAGGAGGUGUGGAGGUCACCUACAUCAUAGUGGUGUUGGCAGUCAUCCUCAUUUUGGCUUUAGCUGGGCUCGCCAUAAGUCUUUACAUCAGGAGGAGACUACAACAAAUCCAGCUCUUCAAAGGCCCCAAUCGAAUCCUCCUGACCUUAGAGGAUUUAACUUUUAUCAAUCCUCAGCUUAGCAAAAAGAAAAUCACCUUAGAAGAUCUGAGUGAGUCCAAGAGUGGGAUGGAAGACAAAUCUGCAGAUAACUCACACUCUGUGAACAGCAUGCAAACGGCAACUCAUGAGACCACAAAUGUAGCUGUGUAUGAGGGUGACUGGGUGUGGCUGAAGAAGUUUGAGGAGGGACAGUUCAAAGAAGUUAAGCAAAGCACAACCAAGAUUCUCACAAAGAUGAAAGACCUGAGAAACGAGAAUGUGAACCCAUUCCUCGGCUUCUUCUCGGACUGCUCCAUGUUCGCUGUGGUGACAGAGCACUGCUCCCGGGGCAGUCUGCAGGACCUGCUGAGGAACGAGGACGUUAAAUUAGACUGGAUGUUCAAGUCCUCACUUUUACUGGACCUCAUCAAGGGUAUGAAGUACCUUCACCACAGAGAUUUCCCCCAUGGUCGACUAAAAUCCCGUAACUGUGUGGUUGACGGGCGUUUUGUCCUCAAGAUUACUGACUAUGGUUUCAAUGAGCUGCUGGAGUCUCAGAAGGCAGCGAUGGAGGAACAUCCACCUCAAGAUCUAUUUUGGACAGCUCCAGAGUUCUUAAGGGACCAGACAAUUUCACGCAGAGGCACCUACAAAGGAGACGUAUACAGCUUUUCUAUCAUCCUGCAAGAGGUGGUAGUCCGAGGACCACCGUACUGCAUGCUGGGACUAGCACCUGAGGAGAUCAUUCGCAAGGUGAAGAAGCCUCCUCCCAUGUGCCGUCCCACUGUGGCCCCAGACCAGGCUCCUCUGGAGUGUAUCCAGCUGAUGAAGCAGUGCUGGAGUGAACUGCCUGACCGCAGACCAACAUUUGAUGAGAUCUUUGAUAGGUUCAAGAUCAUCAACAAGGGUAAAAAAACAAACAUCAUCGACUCCAUGCUGAGGAUGCUGGAGCAGUACAGCUCCAACUUGGAGGACCUGAUCCGAGAGAGGACGGAGGAGCUGGAGGUGGAGAAACAGAGAACAGAAAAACUGCUGUCGGAGAUGCUGCCUCCCUCAGUGGCUGAGGCCCUGAAGACUGGGGCCACGGUGGAGCCAGAGUACUUUGACCAGGUCACGAUCUACUUCAGUGACAUCGUGGGCUUCACUACAAUUUCCUCGCUCAGUGAUCCCAUCGAGGUGGUCGACCUUCUCAACGAUCUCUACACUCUGUUUGACGCUGUUCUCAGUAACCACGAUGUAUACAAGGUGGAGACCAUUGGUGAUGCCUACAUGGUUGCAUCAGGCCUGCCAAAGAAAAAUGGCAACAAGCACGCUGCCGAGAUUGCCAACAUGUCUCUGAACAUCCUCAGCUCUGUAGGAACCUUCCGGAUGAGGCACAUGCCAGAUGUGCCCAUCAGGAUACGGAUAGGAAUCCACUCAGGCCCUUGUGUUGCCGGGGUGGUGGGUCUGACUAUGCCACGAUACUGCCUUUUUGGAGACACCGUCAACACUGCGUCUCGCAUGGAAUCCACUGGGCUGCCUUAUAGAAUCCAUGUAAAUAUGAGCACUGUGGAAAUCCUCUCUUCACUUAAUGAGGGUUAUAAAAUAGAAGUCAGAGGCAAGACAGAGCUGAAGGGUAAAGGUAUUGAGGAGACUUACUGGCUUGUGGGGAAAGCAGACUUCACUAAACCUUUGCCAAAACCUCCAGAGAUUAAACCAGGGUAA